CACAGCUCCAUCAUCUACCAUCAAAUUUUUGCAGGCCGCAGAAAUUUGAUGGUAGAUGGUGCGCACCAGUCACCAUUUGAUCGGAAAUUGAUGGAAAUUUGAGCGUGUAACCAGCACAUAUGGGGGAGGGGUCCAUUUCAAAAACUUGACGGUAAAUUUACAUUAUUUUGUGUACAUCCCUGAUAAUGUUUUAUGUCCCUCCUUCAAAAGUAAAAAAAAUGCACAAUUGACGAGGCUAAGGGGGAGGGGGGAGGUCCAGACCCCCUGGACACCCCCCCCCCCCGUUUACGCCACUGCCAAAGAGAAUAUAAGACUGUGAGAGACUGCAUUGAAUAGAGAUAGUGCGUGACAUCACAGCCGUGAUAGUGAAGAGAGCAGUAAGUGAAUGGUGCAACUAUUCGACCUCUAAGGAAACGCUAGGAAGUAUCUUCUCUCAAUGAAGGCGUUUCUUACGCAUCGUCACUUUUCAUCGAGGACAUAUCCCCUGAGGAACCACAUCACUCGCUAAUAAAUGCUGCUACACGGGUGAUCGGAUUUUUGAAUGAUGCAACUAUUCGACCUCUGAGGCAACGCUAGGAAGUAUCUUCUCCCAAUGAAGGCGUUUCUUAAGUGUCGUCGCUUCUUAGCAAAGGAUCAUCGAUCAUCUGAACCAAUCGCAUAUAACGACUAACCUGAGCCUCUACUCCGUUGAUCUGGUUUUAAAUGUAUAAUAUAGGACGGUUUCAAUGUCUUACACGGCCUGCGCUGAUAGCGUCCGUGAUAGCAAAGAGACCAGUAAGUGGAAAAAUGAAGUUCUGAGAAAACGGGCUCAGAAACGUUCUCACCGGAAAAUUGUAUUGAAAGAAGCCUCCGUUCUUGGUCAAAUUGCAACUGAUCGUCCGGAAGACUCCAAGAAAUCGUUUGGAUGAUUAAAAAUCGACUGAUUUUAUUUCAAUUACAUAAAAAGGGUAUUUUUCAUUUUCAUCCUAGGCUAGUGUUAGGUGAGACAGCUGUAAUUGCUAUCUUCUGCAUGCUUUCGUGGUUGCGUUUUAGGCACGCAACAAACACAUUUUCAGGUCAGAAAUUUGCAGAAAAGGGCGGCAUUUUACAUGAAAGCACAGCUUUCAUUGGCUCUCUAGAGGAAUAUUGUCACUUACUGCUGUCUUGCUUGGGACUACGUCAAUUUUUGCGCACUUACGGCUUUCUCAUUCGUUUGGUUUUAAUACGAUUUACGUGAAUUUUGCUGCUUUAGCUGAUUCAGUGAUUUCAUUUGAAAGAGAUUAGACAAAUUUAGAAGGAAACUCGCUUUAGAAAAUUUGACACUUACCGCUCUCUUCGCUAUCGCGACAGAUCAGAUCUUCUCGCACUAUUUUCUCAUGCCAAUCAGACACCCGACGACUGAUUUUUCAUACCUUACGGAUCAUAACAUGGAAAAUCGAAACCAAUUAAAAAAAAAAGUCUGAAAUGAGCGAUUUGUUUUUCUCGUGGAAUAAUGAGGAAAAACAUGUUCGAGGUGGUUCAAUGCGUACGUUGGACCAGAAUCCAUUAUAAGCAAGCCGUAAGGGGAUGUCAUCCGUAUCCUGAUACCACAAUAACGCUAAAUUAUGUUGUUAAAAUAACUAAAAAAUCAAAAAAAUGUUUCAUAGAUGUUCCUUAAAAUGGGGAUAAACUUAAUUAUUUAAGAAACUACUCUGAAACUUUUCAUUAGUUAGGUUAUAGUGUCAUACAUUCGUUUUUGUUUUUUUAACAAGUUUUUUUAAUCAUAUUAAACUAUUUAAAAGUAGUUGAAAUAAAUUUAAGUUUUACAUUUAUUUUUAUUUAUUGUUAAAAACACAAUAAGAAGUUUUAUCGAAAUGUAUUUUAAAACAAUUAAUACACACACACACAGGAGAGAGGAUUCUAUUCCACAAGACAGAAUGCCCUUGCAUAAUAUUUGUCGUCUUAUCAUAACUCGUGUUGCAUCUGUAUUGAUCUCAGUGCUUUGAACUGGCUCAUUAUGUUUCUAAACCUGCAUUCCGUUGCGAGCAACAACUCUGAAAUUGAUUUAUUUCUCUUCAAGAAAAAUGCUACAAUUCCAGUUUUACAUUGGCUUCAUCCUUCAUAAAUUUGCAUUUCUUUUACCAUCAGAUGAACAUUCUUGUCCUUUUCCAACCUCCAACCCAGAACUCACUAGUUUACGACCUUUGGCGAAGAUUUACCAAGAUGAGAGAGAACCUUUCCGUGGAGUGGUCGGCCGUCGGACGUACGUCGAUAAAACGGCGUUCAUCAAACACUUCCUGGACAUCCGCGAGCAGCUCGUCCUGGUGGCGCCACCCAACUUCGGCAAGUCCACCAACCUCCACAUGCUCAAGCACUUCUUCCAGAUCCCUGUCGACUCCAGAGGUGCCAACCUCACCAGCGUCAUGGCAGAAAAAGCUGUCUUCUUUGGCAACCUCUCCAUCUGCAAGAACCACCCCUCCAUCUGCCGUAGUCAUCUAUCGAGCGCCCCGGUCGUAUUUCUAGACCUGGAGUCGGUGAACGGCUCCACUCCAACGGAGUUCCACGAGACUUUCCGGAGCGAGGUGGAGCGGAUGUUCCGGACGCACGGGUACCUCUCGAAGAGUGAGUCGCUCUCUGCGUUCAACAAGGAAGAGUUCGCGGCCUACGAGUCUCACAGCCAGAGGCCCCACCGGACGAUCGGCUUCUACAAGUGCGGAGUAGACGUUCUGACCAGGCUCCUCUUCACCCACCACCGGCGCAAGUGCAUCCUCCUCGUCGACAAUUUCGACCGCCUCGCCGUCGCAGCCAUGCUCGGCAAGGACGAGGAAAAUCUACUUCCGGUGGAAGUGGACGACAUCUACUUCUCGCUGGGGAAGACGGCGAAGCAUUCGGAGUUCGUAUCCCGAACUUUGCUGACCGGGGUGUUCCGGAUGGGGAGUCACCGACAGUGGCACGACGCCAACCUCUUCUACCACUCCAUCUUCGCCGACCCGCAGAUCAGCCAGCAUUACGGACUCACCUUGGCCGAGGUAGAGACACUCAUCGGGCGCUUGGGUCGGAGCAAAGACCACAGCAACGUUGAUCUCCACGGGAUCAAGCACUACUUCGACGGCUACAGAAUCUCCGACAAACAGAUCAAGGUUUUCAACACCGGGACCGUUGUCGGGUACUUGGAGGGAGCUGAUGAGGAUGAUCUUAUUCCCUCGUUGCCUCUCUUCAGCAUCUAUAAACCACUUUUCAGGUUUGAACUGUUGGGUGAGCACCUACAGGAGGCUGGCGAGCAUGGGACGGAUUUGGCUCCGCAAUGGGUGAUCUCGAUUACGGACCUAUUUCAGCUUCGAGAGGCCGUCAACGCGAAUGUGACCAACUUCAACGGGACCCACGAUAAGGACCUCCUGGUGCAGCUUCUCCAGGAGGCCGGCUACUUCACGGCCACCUCUCGGCACCCCAACGGAUCCGUCCAUCUUGAGAUCCCUUGCUUAGCCGUCAAGGAGGCUUACGAGGAUCUCGUCUACCAUGACGAGUCCUUCGUCAUCGAGGAGGAGAGGUUGGAGAAGGAGCUCGAAGCUGACGCCACGAAAAACAACACACAUGGCCGUAAGGGGAAGAAGAAAGGUCCAUGAUUGUCAUAAGAGACGAAAUGCGCUAGUUACACGCUCAAAUUUCCAUGAAUUUCAGAUCAAAUGGUGACUUGUGAACACCAUCUACCAUCAAAUUUCUGCGGCCUGCAAAAAUUUGAUG